CGAAGAAGUUGCGAGCGAAGUCGUCCGGUGGCGAGGCUAGGCGAACAAAUCUUGACAAAGUUUCUUUGUUAAUUCAUAAUACUAUCCUAUAUUCAUGUUUUUGCAACGUCAUAGUGAACGGUCAGUCUCCGCAAUUCGCCAGUUCGAUUUCCAUAAUCUAAAUCAUCCGUUUGACGUAGACACCGACUUUUAACGUUCCCAGUAACGAUGUUGAAGAGUAUCUUACUUCACGACGAUUUCACGGUUCAUACCCUCGCGUGACAGCCGCGUCGCGGUGACACACAACGGGCCCGGAUAAUGUAGAUGUACAGCUAGUGGAACAAGGCCUUUAGGAUAUAAUAUUUAAUGCCAUUGAAUGUGUCGGAUGCUCAUUGUCGUGGUGGCAUCCAAAGGACCAAAGGAUCAUAGAAUAAUUGGGGCAGAGUAAAGGCUGCAAAAUGACGAUUGCCACAAGGGGACAGGGAGUCGGGGUAGACCCUCCCGAAGGUCAGCAGCAAACUGCUCAGAUCCAUAGCCCACCAGGGCCUCAGCAAUUGGUCGAUGCCAUGUCUGGGCUUCAGUUGACAGAGAAUGUCGGACAGAGUGAAAUAUCUACCGAACCUCUUAACCCUGCAGAUGACAGUAAUGAAAGACGUAACGGCGAGCCUGACUUUCCCCGUUCUAAGCUAGCAAUGCUGGAUGAGAAAAUAUCUAGCCCUCGUUGGGUGGUUCCCGUGUUACCCGAACAAGAAUUAGAAUGCUUGAUGCAAGCCAGCAUUGAUUUAUGCCGCAAAAAAUUAGAUGUCCAAAGUGAAGCGUGCCAGCGCUUUUUUCGUGAAGGCUUGACAAUAUCAUUCACCAAAAUCUUGACUGACGACGCUGUGAAUAGCUGGAAGCUGAAUAUACAUAACUGUAUAAAUGCGAGCUGCGAACGUCUGGUGGAACUUUGUGUUCUCAAGCUGGACGAAGACUGGUUUCCUCUUCUGGACUUACUCGCAAUGGUGUUUAAUCCCAACAACAAAUUUCACACUUUCAAUGCAGCCAGAGCUUCUGAGACUGUGCCACAAGGUAGUAAUAUUCCAGAUGAAGAACUAUAUGCUCGGCCUACAUCCGACCCCAGAAGCCCUCGUGGUUGGCUUGUAGAUCUUAUAAAUAGGUUUGGAAGCCUGAAUGGAUUUGAAAUAUUACUCUCGAGGUUUCAAAGUGGGCGGAAUUUGACAGUGCCUGUGAUCCACGCUUUGAUCAAACCUUUCGGACAAUGUUACGAACUUUUGACUGUUCAUACAAUUAUCAAGUACCUGAUGCCCAUAGUGGAAAUGGUUCCAGUUAUAUUGGAUAAUUUAACAGAUGAAGAGUUGAAAAAGGAAGCCAAGAACGAAUCAAAAAAUGAUGCCAUCUCGGCAAUAAUCAAGGCCACUAAGUGUUUGGUGUCACGUGUGCCUCAGCCAGAUGAAAUGAUAAAGAAUUUAGAAAUAUUAAGACUAAAGAUGAUACUGAGACUUCUGCAAAUAUCUUCCUUCAAUGGAAAAAUGAACGCUUUAAACGAGGUUAAUAAAGUAAUUGCCAGUGUAAGCUACUAUCCCCAUCGGAAUCCAGGUCUUGACGAAGAAGAAUGGCUUACAGCAGAGAGAAUGGCGAAAUGGAUCAAAGACAACGGAGUGUUGGAAAUUGUUCUAAGAGAUUCUCUCCAUCAACCUCAGUAUGUAGAAAAACUGGAAAAGAUUCUUCGAUUUAUCAUCAAGGAGCGUGCAUUGACUGUCCAAGAUUUGGAUGCAGUAUGGGCUGCUCAGGCUGGCAAGCACGAGGCCAUAGUGAAAAAUGUUCAUGAUUUACUUGCCAAAUUGGCAUGGGACUUUAGUGCUGAUCAACUGGACCACUUAUUUGAGUGUUUUCAGUCGAGUUGGAAGACCGCGAACAAGAAGCAACGUGAAAAGCUAUUAGAACUAAUAAGACGACUCGCUGAGGAUGACAAGGAUGGCGUAAUGGCACAUAAGGUGCUCACUCUUUUCUGGAAUCUUGCGCACUCUGACGAGGUACCAACGGAAAUAAUGGACCAGGCAUUGAAUGCUCAUGUCAAAAUAUUAGAUUACUCUUGCUCCCAAGAGCGGGAUGCCCAAAAAACAAUAUGGCUUGACAAGUGUGUUGAGGAGUUAAAGAGCGGGGACAAAUGGGCUCUACCUGCUUUAAAACAGAUACGUGAAAUAUGUUGUCUCUAUGAGCCAAACCCAAAUAUGGGCGUUAGUCAGCGUAGUCACCACGUAUAUUACAGACAAGAAGUUAUAGAGCGUUUACAAAAUCAACACUCCGUUGUGAUACUUGUUACAAAUAGCUUAACGAAUUAUAUGGACAAAGUACGGCGCAUAGUAAAGGAGAAUUCAGAAAUCGAUGCCACUACGUUUAUGCCGGAUCGUCGUUACAAUCAUAUUGUUCAAGUCCAAGAAAGACUGAAUUUUUUGAGGUUCUUACUUAAGGAUGGCCAGUUGUGGUUAUGUGCAGAACAGGCUAAGCAAAUAUGGCAAUGUUUGGCGGAGCAAGCAGUAUUUGUUUCUGAUCGGGAAGCUUGUUUCAAAUGGUUUUCAAAGUUAAUGGGUGAAGAGCCUGAUCUUGACCCAGCAAUAAACAAAGACUUUUUUGAAAACAACAUACUUCAGUUGGAUCCUGCUCUCUUAACAGAGAGUGGUAUAAAGUGUUACGAAAGAUUUUUCAAAGCUGUCAACUCUAAGGAGGGUAAAUUGAAACUAAAAAGGCGGACAUUUUUGAUGGAUGAUGUUGAUCUCAUCGGCACAGAUUAUUUGUGGCGGGUAGUUACAAACAGUCCCGACGAGAUUGCAAAUCGUGGCAUUGAACUGCUCAAAGAAGUAAACACGAAUUUGGGGCCACGGCUGCAAGCUUCUGUUUUAGCAUUUCACGAAACUUACAUCGCCGAGUGUUUAGACAGGUUAAAGGCUCAUUACGAUACCGUAUCUGUAUUAAGUAAGGUAUACCUUGACAGUAAAGAAGAACGGGAAGACCAAGUGGCUAAUACAAUACAAAUGGAAGCGGUGAAAAUGUGCCGGGUGAUGAUGGUACUUCAAGAGUAUCUAAACGAGUGUGAUGCCGCCUUUCCAGGGGAGAGGAAAAUUCUACCGCUGCAUCGAGCAGUUCGUGGGAAGCAUUUAUCUUUGGUAAUUCGAUUCGCUAGUCCUGGUCGUAAUGUUGAUGACAUAGAUAUUUAUACACAUACCAAAGAUACACUUGCAUCCUUAAGGCGCCAAGUGCUACGAAGAAUCAAAGCUAGUGGUACCAACGUUAAACUAGAUUUGUUUAUCAACGGAGAACCUCUUGAGCAAGCCGAUGACAGAAAAUUACUUUGUCAACUGCCGCUGAGAGACAAAAUGUUGUUGUCAGCUAAAUUGAGUCAGGUCAAUAGCAACAUACCUAGUUCCCCUGAAAGUAGUUCUGAUAGCUCAACCAGUUCGCCUCAUCAUCCGUACGAUGGGCCAAAUUUGGAAGCAGAAAAUAAUCUACCUGGUGUGGUAAUCUCGCAGCGCCCUCAACAUGCUGUAUUUUUCUUCCAACUUUCUGACCUUGGGUGUAGCUUGCAAUAUCCCCAGCUUCGUGAUGGUGCUCGUAAUAUAUUGGCACUGGUACCCCCUGACACGUUAACAGUAGCUCGUCUUCAAUGGUUUUUCGGCCGUUACAGAGGCUCCGAUGAUGAUGUCUCUCAGAGUCAACACUGCAAUGAAGAAAACACCAAUGUUGAAUGCCUAUUUUUUGCUGCCAGUCCUAGCCAAGUCUUAUACAAUAUGAUGGUACUGUACGCACUUCUGAUGCCUGCACUAGACCCAAUGUCGGAUAGAGCUUUCGAAUUUCAAUACAAUUUCAUUAAAAGUGGUGAAGCUAGCGUCAUUCUAGACAUGCUCACCAAGAACAAAUUUCUUCCGAAUGCUGAUGAGUCAACGAAACGAGCCGCAUAUCUCACUGUUUUGAAAUUGUGCAAGUUAUUACUGACUGUAGUAGGAAAUGUGAUGGUGCGUGUUAUCGAUGAAGUAGUGCAGCAACAAUCGUCUAGCCCGGAAAAUCAUGAAAAUAACGAUAAUCACAACAGUGGCGUUCGCGGGCCAAUAGCUGUACUGAAACAGGCACUGCACAGUGUUCCAAAUCAAAAUACAGAGCAUAUGUUGCGAAGUGUUGCAGCAAAGUUAGCUCAGCAUCUCGCUGACCAGAUGUUGUCAGGGGGAACUGAGUCUGAUAGGUGUCGGCAGCUUUUUGUUCAGGCGUUAUCUUGGGACUUACCAGACAUUGCAACUAUACGUGCAAUUGUACGGUUGGCUUGGGCUUCGUCUACCGGAAAUUUGACCAACGUUAAUGCCUCCACAGAGGUAUUACAUGCAGUGCAUGAGACCUGUCAGAAAGAGCAGAGGAAACCAGAUGUUGAGGAUGAACUAGUAUGUAAGGAAGCAUUGGAAGUAUUAGCAAUAGCGUUGGUGCUUAAUCCCAGUGCACUCGAAAAUCUCACAAGACAUGAGAUGUGGCAAACGUUCUUGAUAGAUCUUGUUCUGCUGAGUGUAUCGCGGGAAGUGAGGGUAGCUGCUGCUGAUCAAUUUCUACUGAUAUCCACCUGGUGCAGCGUUGGUCACCAACAACUCCAAUUUACCAUCACUCUCCUCUUUAGUGUUCUCAAUACAACGGUGGUAGAAUAUGCAAAACAAAGCCACGAAUACUUUCAGCUUCUCUGCAGAUUGUUGAACUAUGCCCAUGUGGCGGGGUGUCCAUUAGCUACCGCCGAAACCCUGCUGAAUGACGAAAUUACUUGGUUAAAGAAAGUAAGGGACAAAGUUAGGGAGACCGGGGAAAGUCAGACUGAAGAAGCUGUUCUUGAAGGUCAUCUUGGCCUGGCCAAGGAAUUACUGUCUUUUUUACCACCAGGUAAAAAGUACGAGUUGGGCUCGGAUGAGAAACGUGGUGUUAAUCUAAUAAAGGAGUUGGUGGAAGACUUUGUAUUUCCGGCUUCAAGGCUGAUGCUUCAGCUCUGCGGUACGGGUGAACUUUGUUCACCACAGACAUCACCUGUUUGCUCAAGUCCACUGUCUACAAGUGCUGCGUUGGAUCUGCUCGUCGGUCUCUGUGUAGGCUGUGUGCCAAACAUGAAACUUCUAGUCACUAUGCUUACAGACAUGUUUUAUUCGGAAAGAGACGAGCCACUCGUUGAAUGGGACUACCUGCCACCAGUAGGGCCAAGGCCCACUAAGGGGUUUGUAGGCUUGAAAAACGCUGGGGCUACAUGCUACAUGAAUUCAGUGCUACAACAGUUGUACAUGGUAGAAAGCAUAAGGGUGGGUCUUUUGGCGGCUGAAGGCGCUGCGACCGACGUAAAUGAAGACUUUUCUGGCGAGGAGAGGACAGAAGGGGAACAAACUGUUGAGGCAAAUGACAAUGACACAAAUGAGGAGAAAUGCGGUGCCGAUGAGUCCAGGAAAGAGUACAACGUUGGCAUUCUCAAACAUGUCCAAGCAAUAUUUGGUCAUCUGGCUUACAGCAAACUUCAGUACUAUAUACCCCGUGGCCUAUGGAAACAUUUCAAACUUCAGGGUGAGCCUGUCAAUCUGAGGGAACAGCAAGAUGCAGUCGAGUUCUUUAUGAGUUUAGUAGAGAGUUUAGACGAAGCGCUUAAAGCACUCGGACACGAACAGAUCAUGGGCAAAAUAUUAGGUGGUUCGUACAGUGAUCAGAAGAUCUGCAAGGGUUGUCCUCACAGGUACUCAAAAGAGGAGCCGUUCAGUGUGAUUAGCGUAGAUAUCAGAAAUCAUAGCAAUUUGCUCGACUCUUUAGAACAGUAUGUUAAAGGUGAGCUUCUUGAGGGAGCUGACGCAUACCAUUGUGACAAAUGCAACAAAAAGGUUGUAACUGUCAAACGGUUAUGCGUAAAAAAGCUUCCACCAAUAUUGGCAAUUCAAUUGAAGAGAUUCGAAUAUGACUUCGAAAGGGUUUGUGCGAUCAAGUUCAACGACUACUUUGAGUUCCCAAGAGAUUUAGAUAUGGAGCCAUAUACGGUUUCGGGACUUGCUAAGUUAGAGGGUGAGGUAAUUGAUUGCGACUUUGAGGAAGCAAAUAGAGGAACUUGUACCAAGUAUCAGUUGAGUGGAAUAGUUGUUCACAGUGGGCAGGCAAGCGGUGGUCAUUACUACUCAUACGUUUUACACAGGCAAAAUGAUGGGACUGCAAAAUGGUACAAAUUUGAUGACGGUGAAGUAACUGAAUGCAAAAUGGAAGAAGAAGAAGAGAUGAAAACUCAGUGUUUUGGUGGUGAUUACAUGGGUGAAGUGUUUGAUCAUAUGCUCAAACGAAUGAGUUACAGAAGACAAAAACGAUGGUGGAAUGCAUAUAUGCUUUUUUACACAAGACUGGAUGUUGAAGAAAAUUCUCUGAUGAAAAGCGUCAACGAGUUGUCCCUCUAUACAAAGCUCGGUGUGAUGAAGAUGCCACCUGCGAUUGAAUAUAGUGUCAGGAAGCAGAACAUUAAGUUUAUGCACAAUCGGAAUCAAUUUAGUGCUGAAUAUUUUCAAUUCAUAAGAAAGUUGGUAUUCUGCAAUCCACACACAGUAAAUCGGCUGAACAUGAAUGACAGACUUAGCCCUGAAUCAGAGGAACUGGCGAUGCUCUCUGUGCAGUUAGCAUCACGAUUUUUAUUUUAUACCGGUUUUCACACAAAGAAAACUCUUAGAGGAGCUGCCACGGACUGGUAUGACAUUCUCUGUCAUCAUCUGCGUGGUAGUAAGGCAGUUCGUUCGUGGUUUGCCCACAACGUCCUCUUCAACCACCCCCACAGAUUCUGUGAAUACCUACUAAGCUGUCCUAGUACUGAGGUACGAACAGCUUUCCUGAAGAUAUUGGUAUUUCUCGCUCAUUUUUCACUGCAGGAUGGUCCCUGCGUGCCACCUAGUCUUAAUGCGCCAACGAUACUGUUGGAUCCUACGGCAACUCUCAGCGACCACCUCUUACACGCAGUUUUAUCAUUACUUCAUCGCGAGGUCUCUGAUCAUGGCCGUUACCUACCCCAUUAUUUCUCUCUAUUUCAUAUGUAUGCAAGCCUGGGUCUUGCGGAAAAAGCACAGCUGCUUAAGCUGAACGUGCCGGUAACGUUCAUGUUGGUAGCAAUAGAUGAAGGACCUGGACCUACAAUAAAAUAUCAGUAUCCCGAACUGACAAAGCUGCAUCAAGUUGUAAGUAUGUUACUACGAUGCUGUGAUGUAUCAUCCAGGACGCAGUCGAGUUAUACUGCAGCUCCAUUGCCAAAUCCAUAUGGUGAGCCAUCGUGCCAGCCAGACUACCUUAUGCCAAUACAGCCACAGGCGGCCGAGAUACUCUUCGUCAGAACAAGUUACAUGAAGAAACUUAUUGAGGAUGCAAAUGUUACCGAAGAUACAGUAAAACUUCUACAGUACUGUUGCUGGGAAAAUCCACAUCUUUCUAGGACUGUACUCAGCGAAUUGUUAUGGCAAAUUGGCUUUGCCUACACUCACGAGUUGAGGCAUCACACAGAUCUUUUACUUGCCAUGUUACUCAUUGAAGACUCAUGGCAAACUCAUCGUGUUCACAAUGCUUUGAAAGGAGUACCUGAAGAAAGAGAGGGCCUUUUCGAGACCAUACAACGUAGCAAGAAUCACUAUCAAAAACGAGCUUACCAAUGCAUUAAAUGUAUGGUUCAGUUGUUCAGUAAAUGCGGACCAGCACAUCAGCUCUUACACCUUAAUCCAGAAUUGAAACGAAAGUGGACGCUUGCUAUCAGAUGGUUACAAGAAGAACUUGACAAGAGACCGUAUACAUCAAAUGCGCAGUAUGCUUAUAAUAAUUGGUCACCACCUGCCCAGUCCAAUGAAUCAACGAAUGGUUACUUUUUGGAGCGUAGCAAUAGCGCUAAGAAGACACUUGAGCAAGCAUACGAAUUGUGCCCUGAUGACGGACAAGAGGUUGAAGAUGCCAGCGAAGAAGCCACUGAUGAUGCAGAAAGAUAUGCACAACAGCAGCAGCAGCAGCAGCAGCAACAGCAGCAGCAGCAGCAGCAGCAGCAGCAGCAGCAGCAGCAGCAACAGCAGCAGCAACAGCAACAGCAGUACGUGCAACUAUCACAACUGGCACAACUAUCGCAUGACUUGCAAACUCCACGAAAUGCUGUUAGAAGGAGGCAUGGAAAAAAAUUGAAUUGGGCCCGUCACUAUGAACCUGAAACUGAACGUGAACUGGAUGAUGAGUUGAGGCAAUGUGUUCUGCGACAACGACAACAGCAGCCACUGCAGCAACAACAACCACAACAACAGCAGCAACAACAACUACCACAACAAGACCAGCAACAACAACUACUGCAGCAGCAGCAGCAACAGCCACAACAUGACCCUCAGCCACUCCAUCCAGAAUCAGAAUCUUCAUCACCAACUCAUUCACUUCGAAGUACUGUAUCGAUUGUGAGGUCGGCGUCACCGAUCCCCCAGAAUGGUGACCCUCCCCAAGGCUCAAGCCAGGAUCCAUAAUGGACCAUUAGUGACGGCGGUGGAUCCAUUCAUUUACGAACGCUUCGAUAUUGCAUUAAUCUUGCACCAGAUGCACAGUGCCGAAUGAAUAGAAUCACUUCAUUCUUACAUAUAGUUGAAGCAAACCUUAUAAGUCUGCUUUUCCGAAUGGAGUGUUGGUUGAUGUUGUUUAUACCAAGUUACAUUGUUCUCGGACAUUUUGAUACGUGCAUGGAAAGCGUCGUAUGUCAAGCUGGGACAAGUCCACAAUACGACCGAUUCCAGUAAUCAACUAUAUCAAUAAUAAUUACAAUACAUUGGUAGUUAAAAACGAGGGAUGUAUCGUGGUCAAGAGAUUGACAAGUUUGUAUAAAUGUAUAGUGCGGUUAAUAUUGUUGGAUCCCGUUUCUAACCAUCAAGAAUACAAAGACAUGAUAGAAUGAUGAAACGGCAAGUGGAAAAAAAAACAGAAAGAGAAUGUGGAGGAAAAAAGGGAAAGGAAGAUAUCGAGAAUCAGAAAUAAGGAGCGAAAGAAAUAGUAACAAUGAGAUAAAAAGGAAGAAA